AGUGGAAACAGUGUCAGACUCAAUUUCUCCUCCUCCUCUUCCUCCUCCGAGGAAACCUGCCACUUCUAGCUGCCCUGCCUCCUCUUUAAAGGGUGACUUGCCCAGCGCCAGACCGCUGCUCCAGCCUGCUCCCGCCUCAGGCUCAGCCGGUCCAUCCGUCUGUCCCCGCUCCAGCCGGGGGUGCCCUGUAACUCCCACAGAGGGACGCGCCCCGAGAUGGAGAGCAAAGCCCUGCUUCUGGUGGCUCUGAGCGUGUGGCUUCAGAGUCUGACCGUCUCCCGCGGAGGGGUGGCCACCGCCGACAGAAUUACAGGAGGAAAAGAUUUUAUAGACAUCGAAAGUAAAUUUGCUCUCAGGACCCCCGAAGACACAGCUGAGGACACUUGCCACCUCAUUCCUGGAGUGACAGAAUCUGUGGCUAACUGUCACUUUAACCACAGCAGCAAAACCUUUAUGGUGCUGCACGGCUGGACGGUGACAGGAAUGUAUGAGAGUUGGGUGCCAAAACUCGUGGCUGCCCUGUACAAGAGGGAACCGGACUCCAACGUUAUCGUGGUGGACUGGCUGUCACGGGCCCAGCAGCAUUAUCCUGUGUCUGCGGGGUACACCAAGCUGGUGGGACAGGAUGUGGCCAAGUUUAUCAACUGGAUGGCGGAUGAAUUUAAUUAUCCUCUGGACAAUGUGCAUCUCUUGGGAUACAGCCUUGGAGCCCAUGUUGCUGGCAUUGCAGGAAGUCUGACCAAUAAGAAGGUCAACAGAAUUACCGGCCUAGAUCCAGCUGGACCUAACUUUGAGUAUGCAGAAGCCCCAGGUCGCCUUUCUCCGGAUGAUGCGGAUUUUGUAGACGUCUUACACACGUUCACCAGAGGGUCACCUGGUCGAAGUAUUGGAAUCCAGAAACCAGUAGGGCAUGUUGACAUUUAUCCUAAUGGAGGUACUUUCCAACCAGGAUGUAACAUUGCGGAAGCUAUCCGUGUGAUUGCAGAGAGAGGUCUUGGAGAUGUGGACCAGCUAGUGAAGUGCUCCCACGAGCGUUCCAUUCAUCUCUUCAUUGACUCUCUGUUGAACGAAGAAAAUCCAAGUAAGGCCUACCGGUGCAAUUCCAGGGAAGCCUUUGAAAAAGGGCUCUGCCUGAGUUGCAGAAAGAACCGUUGUAACAACUUGGGCUAUGAGGUGAAUAAAGUCAGAGCCAAAAGAAGCAGCAAAAUGUACCUGAAGACUCGUUCUCAGAUGCCCUACAAAGUCUUCCAUUACCAAGUAAAGAUACAUUUUUCUGGGACUGAGAGUGAUACACACACCAACCAGGCCUUCGAGAUCUCUCUGUACGGCACUGUGGCCGAGAGUGAGAACAUCCCUUUCACCCUGCCUGAAGUUUCCACAAAUAAAACAUACUCCUUUCUAAUUUACACUGAGGUGGAUAUUGGAGAAUUGCUAAUGUUGAAACUCAAAUGGAUCAGCGAUUCAUACUUCAGCUGGUCCAACUGGUGGAGCAGCCCCAGCUUUGCUAUUGAGAAGAUCAGAGUAAAGGCAGGAGAGACUCAAAAAAAGGUGAUCUUCUGUUCCAGGGAGAAAAUGUCUCAUCUGCAGAAAGGAAAGUCACCUGUGAUAUUUGUGAAAUGCCAUGACAAGUCUCUGAAUAGAAAGUCUCACUGAAACUGGGCAAAUCUACAGAAGAAAGAACAGCCUAUGAAUUCUAUGAAGAAUGAAGUAACUUUUACAAAAGACGCCCAGUGCUUUGGGUGGUUAAAGGUGGAUUUUCCUGAGUAUUAAUCCCAGCUCUAUAGCCUUGUUAGUUAUUUUAGGAGACAAUCUCAAAUACUGAAAAGUGGCUAAUUCAAUUUGAGGCGUAGAGUGGCCAAAUAGCACAUCUUUCAACAUUAAGAAAUAACAGAUAUGAAAAGCACUGCCUUCUGUCCUUUGAGAAAGAAAUAAGAAUUGUUUGGGCUCGUGGUAAAAUAAUCAGACCUCUUCAUAUAGUAAUUUUAGCCAUAGCCUAAAAUUGAUUAGAACCUCACAUUUUAAUUGGAAUUCUGCAUUUUUCUAGACUGAUAACCUUUUCAAAGUUUUCUCCAAGUCUAAAUAUAGAAAGUGAUUUUUUUUGUGGCGUGAGUCGGACACAUUUACUUAUCAGUCAAAAUACCUACUUUCUUGGAAUGAUUCUCCUCUUGCCAUUGGGAUGUAGCCCAGGAGUUAACCAGGAACUAGUGACUUGGAGAGAGGAAUGGAGAAUAGAGUUGAUAAAGCACUAACGCUUUAAAUACUCUCUGCGGUUGGUUGCAUCAUAAAUAAGUUACAAAUUAAAGAACAUAUAAUAUUGAGAUCAAUUAAAUCUUAAUAGACUUUACUGUUUAUUGUUUAGUCUUUCCCCUUCCUUUUCUUGCAUUGUCUCAAGAUUAUAUUUUAACAAAUUUCCCUGGAUAGGCAUUUAAAAUGAGCCUGUUACCAUCAGCUGACACAUAAUUUUAACUACAGAGAAAGAAAAUGAAACCAUAAUUUUAUUAUCAGAUUUUCAAAAUUAUAUUCAUUGAUUUGAAGUCCUUUAAUAUACGAUGGUUACUAUUUAAUUUUAGGCUUAUUUCAGCUAUGCUUCAGACUUUUAGCAUGUCUCUUUCUUCCCUAAUUUUGAUAAGAAAAUAUGUGUUCAAGGUCAAAUUUUGCAUCAUGCAAACUCUUACAAAUUUUAGACAAGGAUUGUUUUUACUAAGUAAAGAAAUAGUAGAGUUACAGGAUAUAUUCAUAGGCAGUGCUUAAAACCAUCAUGGGCAGUUAAAAGGAUCCUGCAUUGUUAUAAUCACAUGGAAUAUCAUGAGAGUUGUUGUUGUUUUUAACAACUAGUCAAGAGUGAGUGAACAAUUAUUUAUAAACUAGAUCUCAUAUUUUCAGAACGCUUUUCUAUAUAUUAUUAUAAAAUGAUAAGGAAGUCAAAUAUCUCAGAGGCUAUUGCUGGGAAUCCAAACUGUGAAUGUGUGUGGGUGUCUGAACACAUAUUCACGUAUGAAGCCCCACAUGUAUGAUUAUUCCUCAGCAUGGCUUGGAAGGUAAAUGAUCAAGACAUGUAUUGGAACAUAUUGGAGUAGAAAUCGUUCCAGUGGUGCCAGAACUUAAGCCCUUCAUCUGAGAAAUAUGGUUUUGCCUGUACAAAAUAGGACGAAUGUUGUGAUUGACAUCAGCCAGCUUGGAAUGAAUUCUCUCUAAAAAUAAAAUGUUGUGCGACAUGUUGUUGGCAUCCCCCUUUAUUGUAAAUUCAUUAAUUCUCUGGACUUGGGUUUUGAGCAAGGGUGCAUCAACUUAAGAAAGUAUGAAUCAAAUCAGUGUAUGGCCCUGGGAACUCUGGCUUCUACAGACUUCACUAUAUAUAUCAGCAAUGCUUUGGCUUUAAAUGUUAUUUAUUAGCUGUAAAUAUAUGUGUGUAUGUGUAAAGGGAGUUUGUACAUAUUGGAAAGGUCAUUGUGGCUAUCUGCAUUUAUAGCUGUUUGGUGCUAACUUUGUACAUGUCUUUAUCAGUGACAGUCUCACUGAGCCAACUUACUCUUAUGAAGUAAUACAAUAAAAUGGGCUUUAAAGAAACACAAAACUUACUUAACUAUGUGAAGAAAUGGAAUCUGCUAUUAAUAAAAUUGAUGAAAUUUUAUUACAA